CGUACAAAAGUAGAUUCGAAGUCAAUACAGAAGACAAACUUGAAGAUUUUAAAGAUUCCUUUGGAAAGAUCUUAAGUGAAGUUCAGAAUGUUUAUAAAGUUGCAGAGGAAAUUCACGAGAGAAUAAACAAAUUGGUGGAUAAUGGAAAUCGACGAUUUGUGGAUGAUGGAAGUCGACGAUUUGAUAUUAUAGUAUUUAUCAGAGAAGGGAUAUCCAGGGUUAUACAGUUUGCCGUAGACUUUUUUCUUGGAUCAGUUACUAAAUAUUUAGAAUAAAAAGUAAUAUAUGAAUAAACUUCCAUAUUUCUAUCAUAAUUAUUGUGUACCAAUAAAGCACUUUUACUGUACUAGUAUGUCUUUUUGUCAUGUCAUUAUUAGUAGACACUAUUGGUUGUAACAGUAAACGAUUCUUCUGAUCUUUUUAUCAAUAUGCAGUAACACUUAACAUUUUUAAAUUCAGCUUCUGAGGAAAUGACUUCGCGUGUUGUAACAUGAGUCCAAACAAGUAUGCAUGUACUGUAUCAAAACUUCAAAGAUAUGUUAAGAAUGACUCCAAUCAGAAAUCUGAGUUUCCUAUUGUUAGUAAACCUGAACCUUUUUCACUGUUACCGUUUCAUGCACGCUGGAGAGUGUACAACAGAAAUAUUCUAAUGCUAUAAUUACAAAUAAUUUCUCGAUUCGCACAUGGUAUGGAGUGAAUAUUGGACUAUUUAUCAGUUAUCGACAAGUCGUGGAUUAUUUGUUUGCAAGAACAAUGGAUUUAAAAGUGUGUAUAUUUUGUCUAGUUGUAUAUACAGCUUAUUUGUAUCACUGUAUUCUGGUUCUGCAUGAUAAAUUAGAGUACAAGAGUUAUACAAUUGAUACAGUGAAACGAAUUCAGGAUGCUAUAAUUAGAGAAGAGGAACAACAAAAGUUCAAGCUUGACGAACUACGGACUAAAAUUGUCAACAUCAAAUAUGAUAAUCUAGAAUUCCGACAAAAAAUCGAAAGGACAAUUUUACAAAUGCAAGCCGAAAAUAUGAAAGAUUUCAAAGAUUUACUUACAAGACUUCAAUCUGAUCAUGAUGGUGUCAAAGACGAACUUGAAGAAAUUAAGAAAAAUCUUAAAGAAACCUUUGGAAAAACAUUUGAAGAAAUUGAGGAAGCUUAUAUAGUCUCUAAAAACAUACUUGAAAGAAUAAAUAAAUUGGAAGUUAAUGAAAAUCGUCGACAGGAUACCGGAGUUUUAUGGAUGAUUAAACAAGGAAUAUCAAGGCUUGCACAGUUAGCAUGGAACUUUUUUCUUGGACAAAAAACUGGAUAUUUAGAGUAAAAUGUAAUAAGACAUCAGCAUACUCACGAUGUGCUGUUGAUGAAUAAAUUACUUUUACGGAUUGUCCUUUUGACAUAGUUACAAAGAGUAACCACAUACAACAAUCCUAUACGAUAAUAAUAGAAAAUGCAUAGCAAUUCAGCAUAUCUAAUUUUAAAUAAUGUAUAAAAUAAUUUAGAUGAACAGAUAAACAUUGAACAACUUUCUUCUAAAUUUUUGAAGGAGCAAUAUGUUUUGUGUACUGUU